AUGGGGUUUCCGAACAUUAUGAGGGUUGAGGCGGAUGGAAGGAGAGGUGGAAUUUGGCUCUGUUGGGACGCGAAAGUCUUCACCAUUGAAUUGAUCUCAGCCUGCUUUCAGCACCUCACGGUGAGAGUCACGGGCACGGCUACGCCACCCUGGCUCCUGACAGCAGUCUAUGCGAGCCCUAAGCAGGAUUUGCAACGGUUUUUAUGGCAGGCCAUCGAGAACACCAGAGAGGAGUUUGACCUUCCUUGGCUCCUCACUGGGGAUUUUAAUGCCAUCCGUACCCCUUUGGAGCAAGCGGGCAUAGUUACGAAUGCCACCUUUCGCCGCUGCCAACGUUUCAAUGAGAGGAUCGAUCAGGUUGAGUUCAUUGACCUUGGUUACUCAGAACUGCGCUUCACCUGGACCAGAGGAGAACACCCUGACUCCUAUAAAGCCAGUAGGAUCGAUCGGAGCUUAUGCAACUCGUCAUGGAAUGACAGCUUCCCCAACAUGUCGGUUCUCCACCUGCCUCGCCUCCACUCCGAUCAUCACCCCAUAUUAACCUCGACAGGAAUUCAGGGAGUUCACUCAUCCCCUUCUCGUCCUUUUCGUUUUGAGGGUGCUUGGUUAACUCAUGAAACUUAUGUUGAUUUCCUAUCCACCAGCUGGGACUCGCAAGCACCACUUCAUGAGGCUCUGAAGAAAGCGGCGGAGAAGCUAGCUGAGUGGAACAGAUCUACCUUUGGCAAUGUUCUACAAAAGAAGAGGAGACUUCUCAGGCGUAUCGAUGGCAUUCAAGCUAGGGUGGCAAAUGAGUUCUCCCCGGGACUGUUCAAACUGCAAACGAAAUUAGAGAAAGAGCUAGAUGAGGUUUUGGAGCAAGAAGAGAUCCUGUGGUUCCAAAGGGCUAGGGAGAAGUGGGUGAAAUUCGGCGAGCAUAACACGGCAUACUUCUACCAGCAAUCGAUCAUCAGAAUACGAAGAAACAGAAUAGAGUGCUUGAAGAACAGCUCGAGAGUUUGGAUUUCUGAUCCCCGGGAGCUGGCAGCUCUGGUUUUUUAUUUUUUCUCCCUUCUGUACUUGUAGGAUGACCAGGAAUACACCGAUGAGAUGCCCAAACAAGCCUUUCCGAGGAUGCAGCAGGAAGAUCUUCUCUUGCUUUUGCGACCUUUCACUGAGGCGGACAUCCAUGGAGCGGUUCAUGACAUGAAACCUUUUCAAGCACCUGGACCGGAUGGAUUUCAAGCCAUCUUCUACCAGAAAUCGUGGCAGGUGGUCGGUAAGGCUUUGUGUGAUUUGGCCCUUAGCUUCUUUUCCUCAGGUGAGUUGCCGGAAGAAGUGGUGGAAUCUACAGUGGUGCUCAUACCCAAGGUGGAACAGCCGGAAAUGGUCUCUCAGCUUCGUCCGAUCUCUUUGAAUAACGUGUGUUUGAAGGCCAUCACCAAAGCCAUUACCAACAGGCUCAAACCCAUUAUGAGGAAACUUGUUUCUCCGAGGCAGAGUAAUUUCAUCCCUGGGCGCCAGACCACAGAUAACAUUAUUGUUUUGCAAGAAGUUUUACACUCUCUUAGGAAAAAGAAAGGGAAAAGAGGGGGGACUGUGUUGAAGAUUGACCUCGAGAAAGCAUAUGACCGACUUAGGUAGGAGUUUCUGCGGGAUACUCUCAAAGAAGUAGGUCUCUCCGGCUCGUGGAUUAACUGCAUCAUGUUUUGUGUGGAGCAUAACAGGAUGAGACUGCUGUGGAAUGGAGAACUCUCAGCCCCUAUUACUCCGACUAGAGGAGUCAGGCAGGGAGAUCCCCUAUCGCC